AAUCAGCAAGAUAAAGCAAGAUCACGUCGUAAUAUUUAAUGAAGAAUAGAACACUAAAUAUUGCAAUUUUGGGAACAACUCUCAGCGUCAUUUGAAAGAGCUUGAUUUUUCCAAUAUGUUUACUUGUAUGCGUUUAAUCACAUACCGGUUCUUACAAAGAAAUCAUGAAGAAUAAAGUGCAUACGUAAAAAAUGAUCGGACUAUUAAGGACGUGGUUGUCGAUGGUAAAUGACGCUGGUUGUAUGAACGUCGCAAGACGCUAGUAGAAUGGACGACCAUGUUAGAAUGGCCGGCACCGGCGGAAUGGAAGAACAUGGUACAGUAGACAACGCUGGUGAUAUAGACGACCAUGUGACAUUGGCAUAUGCAGAAGCUGUGGACGACGAUGGUAAAAUAAAUGACGUCUGUGUAAAAGGUGUGCCGUUUAACUGGAAGGGGUCGAAUAAACCAGAAAAUACUGACUUUUCUGUAAAGACUUGGAAGGAAGACUUGACACUAUUAGUUGAGAACAAAAAGCUCUAUGUUUCCAAAGCUGUUCUAGGGCUUGUCUCCCCAGUAUUUGACAGAAUGUUUCAGUCUGAGUUUAAAGAGGGGCAUCAGACAGAAAUUGAGCUUCCGGAUAAGAAACUGGAUGAUGUCAAAGAGUUCCUGAGGUGCAUUUAUCCUAAUAUGGAGAAUGAUGUAUCCGAAAAAAAUGUUUACACAAUCCUUUCACUGGCUGACGAGUACGAGUAUAAUUAUGGGCGACAACUAUCAGUUUCAGUAACACCUGUUAACAUGAACGGGGUUGAGACAAUUUCCUUAAUACUGAAAAUAGUUUUAAUAAAAGCACUGAAAAAAGAGCGUGACGUUUGUAGAAUUUUGAAAGAAAACAUUUCACCAAGAAGCAAACCAACAUCGUGGCGACACAUUACAUUAGACGAGAAAGAAAAUUUCUCUCAUUUUGCAAAAGUGGACUCUGAAAUACACGUACUUGCUUACAAAGGACACAGUUUGUUAUACGAUCACUUUCUACGGGUUACCCAUAUACAUGCUUAA